AUGGCCAACUCCAACGCCAAGGCUCUCUAUGAGGCUGUUCCUGAGUGCAUUGCGCCUUGCUUCGACACCAGUAUUGCCGACACUGGUUGUCCUGAUAAGGACUACGACUGCUGGUGCUACAAGACCAACCACCAGACUAUCGUUGACUCUUUGGAAAUAUGUCUUAAAGGCGUGGAAGUAAAAACGGGAAAGACAUGUACUAAAAACGACCAUUACGACUUCGAGCAAAGUUAUUGGGGGAUCUGUAAAGAAUACUGGGAACCUACCGGAACCGCCACCGACCCAAAGUCAUAUCCAACAUCACCGGCCACAUCUUCAGACAUCUCAUCGAAGACAACCCUCAAGGUCUCGACAACACAAGCCGCCACAACCUCAUCAGCCGCCGAAGAGUCGACUACCUCCGCCUCGAUAUCCUCAUGGACUUCCAGCGCCGAUGCAACUGAGACCGGUAGUUCAGAAUUGACCGAAGCAUCUGGCGCAGCAGAUUCAACAUCCUCUAAUCAAGGUGGCCUGUCCGCAGGAGGCAAGGCCGGCGUCGGUGUUGGUGUUGCCCUGGGCUUUAUUCUUAUCGGCGCUGCCAUCUUCCUCUGGCUGCGAGAGAGGCGCAAGCGACGCAGCAUCGAAGAGAGACUCAGGAUUAUCGAGGAGGAAAAGGCAGAUGCGCCAUACGGAGGCGGCUACUACAACAAUAUGAUGUACGAGAUGGAGGGAGAUCGACCCCAUGCUGAGGAACUGCGCGGAAGUAUGAGGACGCCAGAAAUGGGCGCGAACGAGACUGUGAAUUCGAGCAGUAUGACACAGUUCGACCCUGUGAGCCCCUCGGACAAUGACAAGGACUCAACUUUCUCGAGCCGUAGCCAAGACUGGCCCAUUUCACCCGAUAGUCCAAGUCGCCAGGAGCCGAGGGGCCUGGGAGCGAUGCCAAGCAAUAACGAGAGCAGGCCGGCUGCUCCUUGA